AUGCUUGCUUUCAUGUUGCUAUCAUAGACAUUAGCUUGUUUAGAUCAGAAUUGCAUUGAAUGUAAUUAACCUACGAUUUGCACUGCUUGUGUUUAUCCCUUAUUAUUAAGCAACAAUCAAUGUGUCACCAUUUGUGAAACAAAUUACUACCCAGACAUAAUAAAUAAUGUGAAAUAGUGUUUAAAAUGCAAUGAUAAAUGUUUGGAAUGUUAUAAUGGAUCUCCAACAGGUUGUACUAAAUGUGUGAAGCCUCUGAGAUUAAUGUGUGGCAAUUGUUUGGACAGUGAGAUAGACUCAGAGUGUUCUGAUUGCAGUUCCCAAUGCGUAAACAUAUAUCCAAAUUAUAAGAUAACAUGUUUUGGUAAAAGUUCAUCUGAAUGUUACCUCUGUAAUCUUCCUAAUUUUCGUUCUCCAAACAAUGACAGUUGCGAAUUAACAUGUGAAUUCCCAAUGUAUGGAGAUGUGUAUGAUUUCUAAUGCAAAGAAUUCUGUCCCUUUGGCACAUAUGGUUAGCCAAUUUCAAGAUAAUGUUUACCGAAUUGUCCAGACCCCUAUUUUAAAAAUGAAUUGAGCACCAAUUGUGUCAAAGAAUGCCCCAAAGGUACUUAUCCCUUUGAUAGAUCUUGCUAGAUUUGCCAUUCCACUUGUGAAACUUGUUCUGGGGGAUAAUCAACUGAGUGUCUAUUUUGCAAGGAAGGCUUUUAUAUGUAUAAUCAACUGUGUGGGGAAUGUGCGAGUUAAUAGUACUCAAACAAAGAAACAAGAACAUGUGUUAAUUAUUUAACAUAUUCUCUUAACAUUUUAGAGGCUCAUGAGUCAACUAUAGUAUUUGAGAUCUCAUUUUCAAGCAGCAUCAAUCCAAAAACACUUGAUAUUAACUCACAAAUAAAUGUUGUGGAUGUAGAUCAAGCAUAAUAUAUAAUGACUUUAAGUUCUGUUUAAGAUGAUUAAUUCUUUAUAAUUACCUUGGAUUUUUAUAUAUCUCACAGAAUUACUCAAAUCUCUUGUAAUUUUACAAACAACAUUAUGAAUGACGAUAAAACUCCCAUUCUAUAGUCAUCAGCCAUUUAGGAAUUGGAUAUACCUGCAUAGUUUAUCCCACCUGAGACGGAAGCCAAUAUUAAUUAGAUUAAUACUUAUUUGAUAAUCAGUUAUUUGUCUUAUUUUUGCUUUUUGUUUCUCCUAUGUCUUAUCUUAAGAACUCAAAGAAGAAUGUUCUACUUGAUUAUCAACAACCUGCAACUCGUUCAGGUGAUGAUUUUUAUCAACUUUACUUAUUCAACCCUUGCUUUAAAUUCCCUCAAACUUCUGGAUAUUGUAAAUCUAAGGAGAAUACCGGCAAUUGGGGUUUCAGAGGAUGGGAUUAUAUUGUACUUCUUCAAUACACCAAUUUACAAUCAAAUUCCAAACAACAAUUUGCUUUAUAAUGCAGGUUAUUAUUACAAUUUCAUAGCUAAUGGAGGAAUAUAAAUACUGGGAAUAUUGCUCAUUUUUUGGCUUAUCUGGAUUAUCAGUUACAUUUUGCACAAUUUAUACUAGAUCAAUAAUAAAUUAGAAACAUUGAAGAUCUACAGAGCUAUGCAUGAAGGCAGUAAUGAUUUGCUGGUUCGUGUGCAUGAGUUUCUCUAUUUUCCUUUGAUUCUCAUCUCCAUUUUAUAAUUGUGGGGAUAUGAUUUUAGUUCUGAUAUCAACAUAGCUUCAUUUGUAUUGUCAAUAGUCACUAUAUUGUAUUAUCUUUUAUAUUUCAGAAGUGUAUACAAAUCAUAGUUUCUUGAUCUAGAUCAAUAGGAAAUGGAAAAUAAAUACUUCACAUUCUUUUCAGAUUUUAAAUAAACAAAUUACAUCAAAAAGAACUAUGAAUUCAUUAAUUACUUCAUGAAAACGAGUAUUGCAUGUUCUCUAAUUUUGCUGAAUAACUUUCCUUAUAUCCAGUUUUCCAUUUCAAUAACUUUGAUUGUCCUUUACUUCUUACUUCUAAUUCAAAGAAGACCUUACUUAAGAGACAUAAUGAACUAUUCAGCCAUUUUUGGAAAUCUUAUCAUGGUCGGUUUAUAUUCAACAGCAAUUGUUUCAGAAGUGGAAUAUCAUGCUUAAAAUAAGGAUGUUAUUAUAAAAACUUAAGAUGAAUAAUAAUAAUACAAUUUUGGAUUAGGAUUCAUGAUUUUUAUUUAAAUUAUUCUAGGAUUCUAUGCAAUUACUUUUAGCUUCAAUAAAUUCUUGGACUAUUUGAAGUACUUGGAUAAACAACCAUAAUCAGGAACGAGCAUUUUAUAAAAGAUGGGAAAAGUCUUCUUUUCAGAUAAGAUGCAAGAAGUUGAAAUGGGUAACAUGUCAUUUACAAAUUGA